AUAUUCAACGCAGUUGAUCGUGUCGUGUUGAACUGGGAAAAGGCUCCUCUGUCACUUCCGGUUUGUCCUCAUCGAAAGAAAUGGCGGACAUGGACGAACUGUUCGGGAGUGAUGGAGACAGUGACAACGAACAAAGAGUGGUCUCAGCAGUGGCGUCUGGCUCUGGUUCAGGUUCUGAAUCUGAGCCGGAGAUGCCCCGGUCCCGUUCCCAUAGUAACGCCUCCGGCAGCGACAGCGGGAGAGAUGAUGAUGGACAAGACGGGGGAAAGCCCAACACCAAGGAGCUGUUUGGGGAUGACAGUGAAGAGGAACGCCAAAGCCGACACAGCGACAACCAAUCAAACCUGUCGGAACGCUCAGGAAACCAGUCGGACGCCAGCAUGCACUCGGAGCCCGAGGACAAUGACCAGUCAGACGCGGAGCAGCACAGUGGGUCGGAGAGAGGGCACCGGGAGGAAGAGGAGGAAGAUGGAGAUCGAAGGUCAGAGGCAGGCAGUCCAGUAUCGGGGGUGGGGAGCCCCAGGUCUGGGAGGGGCAGUGCUCGCUCUGAGAAGAGUAUCCAUAGCGACCCUGGCACCCCCCACUCGGCGCCCGGCACACCCCACUCGGCGCCCGGCACCCCCCACUCGGCGCCCGGCACCCCCCACUCGGCUCCCGGCACCCCCCACUCCGCGCCCGGCACCCCUCACUCCGCGCCCGGCACCCCCCACUCCGCGCCCGGCACCCCCCACUCAGCGCCCGGCACCCCCCUGUCAGACCCCGGCACCCCCCUGUCAGACCCCGGCACCCCCCUGUCAGACCCUGGUACCCCCCACUCAGGGCCUGGCACCCCCCACUCAGGGCCUGGAACUCCCCACUCAGAUGGGGAGGGGUCAGGCAAGGAGAACCAAUCAGAUGAUGAAAAGUGGGGAGGAGGGGCUAAGAGUGACCAAUCAGAGGAUGAGGAAGAGGAGAAGAAGCGGCACCAAUCGGACGAAGAGCGAGAGAAUUCUGAUGAGGACGGGGCGGGGCACAGGAGCAGGAAGAAGUCAGAGUCUGCGAAGGGCAGUGACAGCGAGGAUGACUUCGUCGGACGGAAGAACAAGAAGAUGGCGUCUGCCUCAGACUCUGACAGCGACGUUGGAGCCAAGAAGAAGAUGGCGGCGUCUGGCUCAGACUCUGACAGCGAUGUUGGAGCCAAGAAGGAGAUGGCGGCGGCAUCUGCCUCGGACUCUGACAGCGACGUUGGAGCCAAGAAGAAGAUGGCGGCGUCUGGCUCAGACUCUGACAGCGACGUUGGAGCCAAGAAGAAGAUGGCUGUGUCUGGCUCAGACUCUGACAGCGACGUUGGAGCCAAGAAGAAGGGUAAAGGUAAGAAGCCAGCAGCAGACGACCUGUUUGGAGAGGCAGACGACAUCUCAUCAGACAGUGAUGCUGAGAAACCUCCCACUCCAGGACAACCCCUGGACCAAGAGGAUGGUAUGGAAGGGGAGCAGGCUGAGGAGGAGCCCGUUCCAGAGACUCGUAUCGAGGUGGAGAUUCCUAAAGUCAGCACUGAUCUAGGAUCAGACCUCUACUUCGUCAAACUACCCAACUUCCUCUCUGUUGAGCCCAGACCCUUUGACUCCCAGUACUAUGAAGAUGAGUUUGAGGAUGAGGAGAUGUUGGAUGAAGAGGGACGGACCAGGCUCAAACUGAAGGUUGAGAAUACUAUCCGGUGGAGAGCCAAGAAAGACGAGGAGGGGAACGAGAGCAGAGAGAGUAACGCCCGCAUCGUCAAGUGGUCUGACGGCAGCAUGUCUCUCCACCUGGGUAACGAGGUGUUUGAUGUGUAUAAAGCUCCUCUCCAAGGAGACCACAACCACCUGUUCAUCAGACAAGGAACUGGACUACAGGGACAGGCUGUGUUCAAGACCAAACUCACCUUCAGACCCCACUCCACAGACAGUGCCACCCACAGGAAGAUGACCCUCUCUCUGGCUGACCGCUGCUCUAAGACCCAGAAGAUCAGAAUACUGCCCAUGGCUGGACGAGACCCCGAGUCUCAACGCAACGAGAUGAUCAAGAAAGAGGAGGAGCGUCUCCGUGCGUCUAUCCGUCGUGAGGGACAACAGCGGCGGAUGAGAGAGAAGCAGCACCAACGAGGGCUGAGCGCCGGUUACCUGGAGCCCGAUCGCUAUGACGACGAUGAGGAGGGGGACGAGUCGGUCAGCCUGGCCGCCAUCAAGAGCAAAUACAAGGGGGGAGGAGGAGGAGGGCUGAGGGAGGAGCGUGCUCGGAUCUACUCGUCUGACAGUGAUGAGGGUUCUGAUGAUGAUAAAGCCCAGAGACUGCUCAAGGCCAAGAAACUAGACUCCGACGAGGAAGGGGAGAGUUCAGGGAAGAGGAAGGCUGAGGAGGAUGAGGAGGAGGAGGUGGAACCCAAGAAGGCAAAGAAAUACGUCAUCAGCGACGAAGAGGAGGAGGAGGAAGAUGAUGAAUGAUGUCAUGUUGUUGUUGAUCAUACCACUGUAUUAUCAGUGUGUUGUUAUAUCCAGUGCGUUUGCGAUGUAGACCUCAACGUUUCAUUUGUAUAUUUUCUAAUGAUGACUGUGUGUGAGAGAGAGAGAGAGAGAGCUCUGUACAGCUGUAGGAAUAAAGACCAGAUGAACUAAGUGUUUAUCUCAAUGACCAAACCUCA